UCAGGACGGGAGAGAAUUGCCUGUCGAUGCCGAGGACAAACUGAUGCAUUUAAAUGCAAAAGAAACGUAAUCUUUCACCGGAUAUCAGCUGUUUUAAAUUCAUGAUUAAUUAUUAAACCAACUUCACUGAUCAUGAGAGGAGAUACAUCUACAGAGAAUGGCAUGCAGGGGGGAAAUCACGAGGAGCAUACAGCGGCAACAGAAACUGCAUCGGGUGAAAGACGACCUAGUUUUGCUUCACUACAAAAUAUGCUGAAAAAAGUUUCACAAAGCCCUUUCCAUAAUCAAUACAAUACUCUUGCUUCAUCACCCUCUGACUCCAGUGGAUCAUCUGUGAACGAGUCUCGAAACAAACAGGAUGGUGAGUUCUUUGGUGAUCUCUCGGCUGCUGCUACAGAUGUGACAGAGAACCAGCAGCUAUACUUAGGACAGAAUGGUUUGAAGACAGAGGAUAAUCAUCUUCGUUCUACAGCAAAGAAUGGAGUGAAUGGCAAUUUGGCCAGAAUGAACCCCUUUUAUGCGCAUGAUCUGGAAUUGAGUGGCAAACGUCACAUCAUGGGGGCCAUAGGGAUGGAAACUUCAGAGGAAGCAGACCUCAAUACCAUUUUUGCCCCUCCAACUGAAUUUCAAAGCUCGCCUCUGGAUCUUCAGCCCAAAAUUAAGACUCUUGAAAAUGGAGACAAGUUUUCUAAACCUCAGAAGGACCUAUUCCAGACCCUUACCCACAACCAAAUGCAAGACCUCUUCCAUACAUCGACAUUGACCCAAAAUACAUCUGUCAAUGGUCAUUUUCAUGACGAAACCCUGAACUCACGAGACUUAUUUAAAGCAAAUCCCCCUCAAACACAGAACCUCUCCAACAUCCACUUGCAGUCGAAAAACUCUGACCUCUUUAAAGGUGAAGUGCAAGAUCCUCUCCAGGCUGCUAAAGGAAAGGAUUUACUCCACACAGCUGAUGCUAAGGAAGUGAACCUCUUUGACAAAUCUCCCAGCAGUUUUGAGGACGCAUUCAAAUCUCCUUCAAACAAGGCAGAUGAUCUGUUUUGGUCUUCACAGCCAAUGGUGGUGAAACCAUUUUAUACUUCUUCCACCAAUGAAGCCGAUUUGUUUCAAGCUGUUCCAACUAAAAGAGAAUGA